AGCCGAUUGACGGUUGCAGCACCUGACUGCGCUGCCUAGCACCCCCGUGAGAAGGCAAGUGCCAUGUUUAGACUAAUUCCCGCGCUCUCGGCGCUAUGGUUCGCGUCUGCGGACAUGUACCUGAACAGCCCCAGAGGCUCCAACAACAAGCUCAGGGAGCAGAGCAACAACGUGCAGAACGCCAACCGUUUGUUCGACUCCCAGAACAACGCUGCGUCAGGCUACCAGAUUGGCGAUGAUUGCAAGCCAGCUUGCAAAGAUGGCAACAACAACUACGACGUGACUGUGGAAGGUGCCACGAAGGGCACCAUGAAGUUCUACCAGGGCUCGGAGCUCUACUUGGAGUGGCACAUGCAGCACGGAUGCGGUGUGGGCCACCCGAAUCUGCGGUGUCAGAUCAUCCUGCAAUACAUGACGGAGGAGGAGAACCCGACCCUGCGGGACGGCACAAACCAGGACUCGGCCGGCGGUGAUGGCGAAGACCCCACGGAGGAGGAGAGCGCAGAGGUGUCGCGGGGGUAUCACGAGCCCAUGGACUACUGGCAGGACUGCAUCGCGCGAGAGCGGAACAAGGGCCUCUACACCGCUGACCAGCAGAUGGACAACAAUGGUGGUGCGACCGCCACCCGGCAGAACCCCAACGGCAACGGCCGGCGGAGAGGCAAUCAACGCCAUGGCCUGGAGUGCCCAGAGGAGCGGGACUACUACCCGUACUGGCAUCCCUCCCCAUGGCACGACAUCGCCAUUCUCACGGAUGAGCCGCAGGAGCGAUGUGCCUACUACCAGACCGAGUCUCAGAAUGUGAAAGCGAAAGGCUACUGCUCUCAGGCACAGUACAACAGCCCAGACGCGUGCCAAGGCAACGGCGGGGAGUGGAAAGAGCAGGCGCCCUUCGAAGAGCCUCCGCCAGACUGCACGGGAGGCAUCGCCAGCCGCGACAAUCACAACGGCAACGUGCGGAACGGCCAGCCACAGUACUAUGUUUGGAGGAUCCCGGAGUUCCUCAAGGGCCGGGUGGUGUUGCGAGUUCGCUACAACAUCACCACCGGCGACUUUGGUUUGGGAUCCUUGGCCAACCCCAAAGAGGACGGAGCUGCAAUUUCAGGCAUCAAGGCGGAUUCCUUCUUCAUGGACUCUCGCUUCAACGACCCCAACCCAGGCAACCGCCGACGCAGUGUCUUCGCUGGCCGGCCUUCAGUGCCGGUGCCCUUGGCACAGGACCCUGUUGCAGACUGGCUUGGCCUGGGCGAGACAGGGCAGGACACCAGCAGAUUGCUGCAGCUGCAAGUGAACACCAACCAGUUUGGCCGAACAUUCGAGGAUCGCACCCACACCUUCCUUGUCGUGGAAAGGCCUGCAGACGUUCCCAUGAGCAAGCGGAUCGUGAACUACAAUGUUCGUGGGCGCCGGGGCAACAUCGUUCAGGUCUACCCCUCCGUGGAGUACGACUUCAUCCCAGCGAAUCUGGUGGUGGAGCAGGGAACUUUGCUGCACUUCCAGUGGACGGGCUCCGACGCCAACAACAACAACAACGCAGGCAAUGGCCGUGCGGGCACGGACCGCUCCAACCUGGUCCAGGUGCAGUCCCGCUCCGAGACCGUACCCCUGCCCAUCGAGAAGCCACCCGGCGGCUUCGCUCCGGCAUGCAUCGAUUUUCCUGGCAUGGCUUCCGCCACGGUCGAAUCGCAGCCGCCUCUGUCAUUUGUGCUGAAAGGUGGCGACAAGGCCUUCAUAAACCAGCGGCCGCCUUUGGGCACGAUUGCAGUGGUCACCACCCCUCAAAGGCUCAAAGGACGGAAGCUGGUGGAUCGCUUCGCCUACUUGGACCAGGACACGAUCGUUACCUGCAACUGGACCAACUGCAAACAGCUCAACGGCGCAUCCGCAUAUUUCGAUGGCGGGCUGGUGGAGAUGAAGGUUGCGGGCACACAUCACGUUGCCAGCACAAGAAACAACGACUUCAGCAACAGGUCCCACAAGGCCAGCAUCACUGUCACCGGGUUCAACUUGGAGCUCUAUGAGAACAUCGCCGUGGGAGUCGGCCGCUUUGCCGGCAUUUUGCACCCCGGCGGGUUCUGCUUCCUGGUGCUGGCGGUGUAUUUGUGUGUGGCAGUGCAUGCCUACAGGAAACCGGGCAGCUGGGUCUUCUCCCGGCGCUACCGGCCCCGCAUCCUCGGAUGCUGCCUGCGUAAGGCCACCAUGGAGGCGCUGGUUGAGGAGCGAAGACAGCUGGUGGCGAAGCAGAGGAAGGAGUGGGCUAAACGCGCCAACGCCCACACAGCAGACGAAGAGGGCGGCACUGACAAGGCCGCAGAGGUGGCCUUGCCAGAGGAGAGCAUGUCCUGGUUCCAGGGUACGAAGCGCUGCUUCCGUCAGUGUGGGCUUGGCGAGCAGCAGCUCACAACUUUGAUGUUUGGCGUCCUCAACGUCUUGGUCUUCGCCAUCGGCUUCCUCUCCAACCUGAGCGGCGGAUUCCAGAAGUCUUGGGCAUAUCCAGUUGCCAAGGCCAGGGCACUCGGAUUCCACAUGCAUGUUUCGCGAACUUAG